ACCGACCGCAUUACAUUGCAUCUGCUUCUAAAAACAGAGUCUUGCAAUACACACACACACACACACAGAGCCGCAGACAGAUGGAUUCUAUGGAAAGAGGAGGAUCAAAGCCCCACGUUGUGAUCACUCCCUUUCCAAUUCAAAGCCAUUUGAACACCUUCUUGAAUUUAGCCAAACUGCUUCAUUCGAGAGGCCUUCACAUAACAUACGUUAACACUGAGUACAACCAUAGACGCUUGCUCAACUCAAGGGGUCCUCGAGCUCUUGAUGGCCUCUCAGAUUUUCGCUUUGAAAGCAUCCCCGAUGGCCUUCCUCAUACUGAAGCAAACACUACCCAGGAUUUACCUUCUUUAUGUGAAUCUACCUCAAAGAAUUGCCUCCCCUAUUUUACAAAUCUUCUCAAGAGGCUUCAAGAGUCUGCCUCUAAUGGCCUUGUGCCUCCUGUUACUUCCUUGAUUUCCGAUGCUGUCAUGACAUUUACCGUUAAAGCUGCUCAAGAAUGUGGACUUCCUAUUGCUUUGUAUUGCCCUAUAAGUGCUAUUUCUUAUUUGGCUGGUUGGCAUGCUCGCACUCUUCUUGAUAAGGGUAUCAUUCCCUUGAAAGAUGAGAGCCAACUGACAGAUGAAUACUUGGAUACAAAACUAGAUUGGCUUUCAGGAAUGAAAAAUAUUAGAUUGAAAGAUCUUCAAAGCUAUGCAAAUGAUUACCUAAUGCUAAACUUUGUUAUCAAUGAGCAGCAAACAGCAAGAGCUGCUCAAGCCAUCAUUUUCAACACAUUCAGCGAGUUCGAGAGUGAGGCAUUGGAUACUCUCUCUUCUAUCUUUCCUCCUAUUUAUACCGUAGGCCCUGUCCCACUGCUUUUAAAUCAAAUUCCACAGAACCAUGACUUAGAUUCCAUUGGCUCCAAUCUUUGGAAGGAGGAGACUCAUUGCAUCCAAUGGCUAGAAUCCAAGAAAGCUAAAUCCGUAAUUUAUGUUAAUUUUGGAAGCGUCACGGUUAUGACUCCAGAACAACUACAUGAGUUUGCUUGGGGAUUAGCCAACAGCAAGAAAUACUUCUUGUGGAUCAUAAGGCCUGAUCUUGUGAAGGGUGGCUCAAUGAUUCUAUCUCCUGAGUUUUUGAGUGAGACCAAAGAAAGAGGCCUCAUAGCCAAUUGGUGUGAACAAGAGGAAGUGUUAAAUCAUCCUUCAAUUGGAGGGUUUUUAACACAUUGUGGAUGGAACUCCAUGAUAGAGAGUGUGUGUGCUGGGAUUCCGAUGGCUUGUUGGCCUUUCUAUGGAGACCAGCAAACUAACUGCAGGUAUGCUUGCACGGAGUGGGGGAUUGGGAUUGAGAUUGAUAAUAACGUGAAGAGGCAAGUGGUGGAGAAUCUUGUGAAUGAGUUGAUGGAAGGUGAGAAAGGGAUGGAAAUGAGACACAAGAUCCUAGUGUGGCAAAAAACUUCAAAGGAGGCAAUUAAAUCUGGUGGUUCUUCUUACAUCAACUUGGAAAAUUUGAUUAGUCAAGUGUUGAUCAAAAGGAACAACUAAGUUGUUACAUCAAAAUAUAUUUUUAAAGUGUGGAUUGAAUUUAUCAGAGUCAUACAGGUAGUAUUAGCUUUGAUAUAUAGGCUUGAGUUUAGUCAUUUUCAAUAAGGUUUUGGAAGAACCAACGUAGUUAUGUUGUAAUAUGUUUGAUUGUGUAUUAAUUCCUCUUACAGAAAUAAGGAGAGCCAUCUUCACUUGUAAGCAAGUUUUUCCAAUUACUAAUUGUAAUAUUUCUUUCCUUAUAGUA